AUGCCGUUUGUCGGUUCCGUCAGCUUCCACCAUCCAUUCGCUGUCCGCCAAGACAUACAAAUAAUCGGAAACCCUCUUGGCAUUGGUCAUAUUCAAUUUUUGUGCAUUGCACCGCCCUCGGCACUGGUUUAUGCGGUGAUUGGCGGCGUACCGGCACCACCCAUAUUUGUCGUCACCCUCCAUGCUAUCCGUCGAGCACCGGUAAUUCCACCCAUAAUUCUUCACAACAUGAUGGCUGCUGCUGCUGGGGUUGGGACAGAUCAUCGUAACAAAUACAAUUCACAUCAGAUCUCAAGUUCAGUCUUCGGUUCAGAUGUGAACCUGUUCUGUGUCGCUCUUCUUCCAAACUCCACCAAGCUCGGACUCCUUUCCCCCCCAAAACUCUCAUCCUGUGCCCCCUCCAAGUUCUCCUCCCUCGUUCCCCACCAAGCCCUUGUUCCAACUUGCAACCUCUUCAACCCUUACUGCCUCUCAUUUCCUCCCAGAGACCCCCAUAACCUGUCAUCUCCAUCCUCACACCUCAUUUCCGAUCCUCCCAAGCUUUAG